GUGCUUAGUAUAUUGAAAUGCUUAUCCAUAGACAGGACGUUCCAUAUCUGAAAGAGAGAGAGCCCUUCUGUUGAGAAUCCUUUAAUUUUUGGAGUCUCUCAUAGUCUUAGAGAGAAAGGAAAUCAAGUGUUAGGAGUGAAAAUGGGAGUUUCAGGAACCUUGGAGUAUCUGGCUGAGUUGUUGAGGGACGCCAAGACAAGGAAGAAGAAGAAACAGUUUCAAACUGUAGCUCUCAAGGUCAGGAUGGACUGUGAGGGCUGUGGAGCUAAAGUCAAGAAUGCACUCUCUUCACUCAAAGGAGCCAAGUCAGUGGAGGUGGACUGGAAGCAGCAGAAGGCGACAGUGAGUGGAUAUGUGGAUGCAAAGAAGGUGCUGAAGAAGGCUCAAUCGACUCGGAAGAAGGUUGAGCCCUGGCCUUACGUUCCGUACAAUUUGAUCGCUCAUCCUUACGUUGCCGGCGUUUAUGACAAGAAGGCGCCGCCUGGUUUUGUGAGGGCCACUGAGGACACUGCCAUAGCCACCCUUAGCACUGUGGAAGAACAGUACACCACCAUGUUCAGUGAUGACAAUCCAGACGCUUGCUCUAUUAUGUAAAUGAUUAAUUAUAUAACUAUAUAUGUAUAUGUGUGUGUAUACUUCGUCUACACAGUACACACAAACAGGCUGAUUAGGGUUUUGGUAAAGAAUUUGUGAUUUGAUCAUGAUGCUUGGUAACCCUUCUUCAACAAAUUAAGUGGUCCAACGGUGUUCUCCAUACAUGAAUGAAAACUGUUCUACCAAAUCAUUAUGUGGUUGUAAUAUAUCAAUGAGUUUACUAUAUUA